AUGAGGAGCCUUGUGUUGGCAGCGUACAACGGGCAAACUGGUCCAAAGGAUCAUUUGCUUUAUUUCAAUAUGAAGAUGGCAAUAAGCGCAGCUUCCGAUGCAGUAAAGUGCAGGAUGCUCCCAUCCACAUUUAAGGGCGCAGCGAUGGCUUGGUCUAUGGCUUUGCCAAGGGGAUCUAUAGCAAAGUUCCACGACUUCUCGUCGCAAUUCCUUAUUCAGUUCUCUACAAGCAAGAUCGAGCCAGUAACAAUUGAAGAUCUGUAUGACGUUCGACAGAUGGAGCGAGAAACUUUGAAGCAAUACGUAAAGCGGUACAGUGAUGCGUCCAGGAAGAUUGAGGAGUCGGAGCCUCAGGCAUGCGCGUGCGCUUUCAAAAAUGGAUUGCUACCGGGAAAGCUUAACAACAAGCUGAGUCGGAAACCAACGCACUCGAUGACAGAGGCUCGCGCCCGGGCGAGUGCCUACAUCCUAGAAGAGGAGGACGACACAUUUAAGAGGAAACCUGUAAAGGCAGAAAAAGUAAGCGGCCGAAGGAAUGUGUCGCUGGCAGGAAAAUCGAUAUGGAGAAAGGAAGCAAAUAGUACGCGAAAGGACAAGGAUGUCGUUCAAUUUGUUGAGAAAUUCGAAGGGAGGCAACUCUGUUCGAGAAAGGAGGACGUUGAGAGUCUACGCCCGCGGUGGACAACCGGCCCUCGCCGGCAUGGGAGGCCAAAGAGGUGCUCGAACGAAGAAUUGGCAAAGUUGCUCCAAGAGGUGGAGGUGACACAAGCAGUCGAGAGUGGAAAAAACGGAAUUGAUUCAUGGCGAGGGGUGGAAGGCCGGACAAAGUGGUGCGAAUAUCACCACUUGGAGGGCCAAGACACCAGUGACUGUUUCACGUUGAAAGGCAAAGACGGAAAGCUGAUCAGAGCAAGGCGAUCACGAGCAACAGACCGCGAAUCAGACAAGGACCAACAUGGCGGUCGUCGGCGAGCGCCAGCAGCUGGCAGGAAGAGGACGAAGGUGGCAAAGAAGAAAGGAGCUGAAGAAACUUUCAACAACGAUGUCAAAUCGUCAGUUUAA